UUGAAUAUCAGAAAAAUAACAUAUUUUACAAGUUUUUUUUUCUCUUGUGGAAAACGAUACAUAUUAGAGUUAACAUUCAGUGCAGGUUUGAGUGGAAAAACUGAUAGACGUUCUCUGAAUGGUGUUUUUUUUUCUAAACCAAUUUCAUAUUUUCAAUCAGAUCACUGUGAGCUCACACUGGAGCCGAACACAGCACACAGACUGCUCUUGCUGUCUGAAGGGAACAGAAAGUUGACACGGGUGAGGGAGGAGAAGCCAUAUCCUAACCAUCCUGAAAGAUUUGACCACUCAAAACAAGUGCUGUGUAGAGAGGGUUUGUUUGGGAGAUGCUACUGGGAGGCAGACUGGAGUGGGGAAUGGGUCAGUAUAGGAGUGGCAUACAAAGGAAUCAAUAGAAAAGACAAGUUUGAUGACAACUGGCAUGGAUGCAAUGCCAAGUCCUGGAGACUGAACUGCUCUCAUUACAACUACAUUGACUGCCAUGGCGAUGAGAACACUGGCAUACAUGUCCCCUCCUCUCUCUCUAAAAGAGUAGGGGUGUAUCUUGACUGGCUAGCUGGCACUCUGUCCUUCUACAGAGUUGUCUCUGCUGGAUUGACCCACCUGUACAUCUUCCGUACCACAUUCGCUGAGCCUCUCUACCCAGUAUUUACUCUUUGGGAUGGCUCCUCUGUGUCCCUGUGCUCCAGGCGAAACAACCUUUAGUGUCUUGGAACACCCUUAAGUCUUCACAGGUUUCACAUGCUUUCCUGUUGUUAAUACGUCCUUGUGUGGAACAUGGCUUCUCACAUAGCUAGACACUUUGGUGUAUAUAAAGUGCUAUUGAAGCAGUUAUUAUUCCCUGUAACUUAAAUCUAAAUAAUGUGCAAUGUUUAUGAUUAAUGCUAUUCUGUAGAUGAUUAACUUCUGUUUUAUAUUGCCUUUGCUGUAGUUUGCCAUAUCUUGAAUUAAUAUUAAAACUGGGUUUGUCAGAACAACAA